AUGGGUGAGGCGGGCCGGGAGCUGUCAAGGGGCGAGCGUAGGCUUCCUAGCCGCACAGCUGCGCUCUCUGGGUUCGCAGCAAAGGCGAGGCCCCGUGCUCCGAGCCUUUUGGUAGAAGCCCUCUGAAAUGCAGGGUCUGGCGCCGUAAGCAGUAGCGGCCACGCCAGCCGCAGCGACAGCAGUGGGGCCGAGCCCCUUGUCUGUGUGCCCGCCUGCGACCCCAGGCUCGGAGGCAGGUCAACUAGGAAGAUCCAGAACUCCAAAGAUGUUCCCCUUAAAGGAUGCUGAAAUUGGCGCCUUUACCUUCUUUGCUUCAGCUCUGCCCCAUGAUGUAUGUGGAAGUAAUGGACUUCCUCUCACACCGAAUUCCAUCAAAAUUUUAGGGCGCUUUCAGAUUCUUAAGACCAUCACCCAUCCCCGGCUGUGUCAAUAUGUGGAUAUAUCCAGAGGAAAACAUGAAAGACUGGUUGUGGUGGCUGAACACUGUGAACGGAGUCUGGAAGAUUUGCUUCGAGAAAGGAAACCUGUGAGCUAUUCAAAGGUUUUGUGCAUUGCAUUUGAAGUUCUUCAGGGCUUGCAGUACAUGAACAAACAUGGUAUUGUACACCGAGCACUGUCCCCUCAUAAUAUCCUGUUGGACCAAAAGGGACAUAUUAAAUUGGCUAAAUUUGGACUUUAUCAUAUGACAGCUCAUGGGGACGAUGUUGAUUUUCCAAUCGGGUAUCCAUCAUACUUGGCACCAGAGGUGAUUGCACAAGGAAUUUCUAAAACAACUGAUCAUGUGCCAAGUGAAAAACCAUUGCCUUCUGGCCCCAAAUCAGAUGUGUGGUCUCUUGGAAUCAUUUUAUUUGAGCUUUGCGUGGGAAGAAAAGUAUUUCAGAGCUUUGAUAUUUCUGAAAGACUAAAAUUUUUACUGUCUCUGGAUUGUGUAGAUGACACUGUAACAGUUCUGGCUGAAGAGCAUGGUUGUCUGGACAUUAUAAAGGAGCUUCCUGAAAAUGUGAUAGAUCUUUUAAAAAAGUGCCUUACUUUCCAUCCUUCUAAGAGGCCCACUCCGGCUGAAUUGAUGAAGGACGAAGUGUUCAGUGAAGUGUUGCCUUUAUACACCCCUUUUGUCAAACCUGCCGGGCUGUUUUCAUCUUCUCUGAGAUGUGCUGACCUAACUUUACCUGAGGACAUCAGUCAAUUGUGUAAAGAUAUAAACAGUGAUUAUCUGGCAGAAAGAUCUAUUGAAGAAGUUUAUUACCUUUGGUGUUUGGCUGGAGGUGAUUUGGAAAAAGAGCUUGUCAACAAGGAGAUCAUUCGAUCCAAGCCACCUAUCUGCACACUUCCCAACUUUCUCUUUGAAGAUGGUGAAAGCUUUGGACAAGGCCGAGAUAGAAGUUCACUGUUAGAUGAUACCACUGUGACAUUGUCAUUAUGCCAGCUAAGAAACAGAUUGAAAGAUGUUGGUGGAGAGGCAUUCUAUCCAUUACUUGAAGAUGACCAGUCUAAUUUACCUCAUUCAAACAGCAAUAAUGAGUUGUCUGCAGCUGCCACUCUGCCUUUAAUUAUCCGAGAGAGGGACACGGAGUACCAGCUGAACAGAAUCAUUCUGUUUGACAGGCUGCUGAAGGCUUAUCCAUAUAAAAAAAAUCAAAUUUGGAAAGAAGCGAGAGUUGACAUUCCUCCUCUGUUGAGAGGGUUAACUUGGGCUGCUCUUCUAGGAGUUGAGGGAGCUAUACAUGACAAAUAUGAUGCAAUUGAUAAAGACACUCCAAUUCCUACAGAUAGACAGAUUGAAGUGGAUAUUCCUCGCUGUCAUCAGUAUGAUGAACUGUUAUCAUCACCAGAAGGUCAUGCAAAAUUUAGGCGUGUAUUGAAAGCCUGGGUAGUGUCACAUCCUGAGCUUGUGUACUGGCAAGGUCUUGAUUCACUUUGUGCUCCAUUCCUGUAUCUAAAUUUCAAUAAUGAAGCUUUGGCUUAUGCAUGUAUGUCUGCUUUUAUUCCCAAAUACCUGUACAACUUCUUCUUGAAAGACAACUCUCAUGUAAUCCAAGAAUAUCUGACUGUGUUCUCUCAGAUGAUUGCAUUCCAUGACCCAGAGCUGAGUAAUCAUCUCAAUGAGAUUGGCUUUAUUCCUGAUCUCUAUGCCAUCCCUUGGUUUCUGACCAUGUUUACACAUGUGUUUCCACUGCACAAAAUUUUUCACCUCUGGGAUACCUUGCUACUCGGGAAUUCCUCUUUCCCGUUCUGUAUCGGAGUGGCCAUUCUGCAGCAGCUGCGGGACCGGCUUCUGGCCAAUGGCUUUAAUGAAUGCAUUCUUCUCUUCUCUGACUUACCAGAAAUUGACAUUGAACGCUGUGUGCGAGAAUCAAUCAACUUAUUUUGCUGGACUCCUAAAAGUGCUACUUUUAGACAGCAUGCUCAGCCUGCAAAGCCCACCUGUGACGGCAGUGCAAUCAGAAGCUCAGCACCUUACUUCUCAGCUGAAUGUCCAGAUCCUCCAAAGACGGAUUUGUCAAGAGAAUCCAUCCCGUUAAGUGAUUUAAAAUCAGAAGUAUCACCCAGGAUUUCAGCAGAGGACCUGAUCGACUUGUGCGAGCUCACAGUAACCGGUCACUUCAAAACACCUGCCAAGAAAACAAAGUCUGGAAAACCAAAACUCCUGGUGGUUGACAUCCGGAACAGUGAAGAUUUCAUUCGGGGUCAUAUUUCAGGGAGCAUCAACAUCCCCUUCAGCUCUGCCUUCACUGCAGAAGGGGAGCUUACCCAGGGCCCUCACACAGCUGUGCUCCAGAACUUCAAAGGGAAGGUCAUUGUCACCGUGGGCAGUGUGGCAAAGCACACAGCCAAGUUUGCAGCUCAUCUUGUGAAGAUGAAAUACCCACGGAUCUGUAUUCUGGAUGGUGGCAUUAAUAAGAUCAAGCCAACAGGCCUGCUCACCGUGCCAUCGCCUCAGAUAUGAAGAGCCUGGUGUAUAACAUGCAGUGGCAUCCCAAGCAUGCCAGAGGACAGAGUGGCAGCAGCACGCGACAGCACAGCCCUCCCGAGCCACACCAGCCACGACAGAACCAGACAUCCAGAUUGUUGCAUUUCCAGAAAGCAUUGUCACAAAUCUUUUUUAUAUCUCAUGACUCAAAUAGUCAACUAUCCUGGCAAGAAACUUGACUGCACAUGUAUGCCAAAAGAAUUUUCUUAACAGUGAAAUCAGAGCAUGCAUUUUUACCACACUGCCACAUGAAGCCAGAGGAAUUCAGCUGACAUGACAGAUUUGCGCUAUCAAGAAACCCCAGUUGCACUGAGAAGGCUGCUCUGCAUCGCAGUGAACAGCAGUCCCAGUCAUGCAUCACUCAGAAAUACAGACUUAAUGGGGGUCGAAGGCCUCUUUCCAUGGAGAACAUUAAGAAGUUAUCCACAGUGCAUUCCUCAUAAAUAAAUCUAAGUGUUGUUACAGUGUG